AUGGCCGAGGAGGCGAUGGCGAGCUACCUCUACAGCGCCUACCACCCCUACUCCUACCGCUACCCGCCGCCCAAGGGCAAAGGAGGGGCGGCGGGCGGCUGGCGCCCGCGGGGCAGCGGCAGCAGCUACUUCUCGGGCUACGGGGAGGCGGCCGCCGAGUACUUCGACAACUACCAGCGGGCGCAGCUGAAGGCCAUCCUCUCCCAGGUCAACCCCAACCUGACGCCGCGGCUCCGCAAGGCCAACACCAAGGAGGUGGGCGUCCAGGUGAACCCGCGGCAGGACGCCUCGGUGCAGUGCUCGCUCGGGCCCCGCACGCUGCUGCGCCGCCGCCCCGGGCCCGCCGCGCCGCGGCCCCGUGAGGCGGAGCAGGAACUGGGCAGCCCCGCCACCACCAACACCCGCGCCGUACGCUUCCCCCGCACCAUCGCCGUCUACUCGCCCGUGGCGUCCCGCAGACUCACCGCCUUGCUGGAGGAGCCGAGCCCGGAGCCGGAGCGGCGGCCGCAGCAGCAGGAUAAGGCGGCGGCCGUCGAGGAGGAGCCGGCCGCGCUGUGGGAGCAGCGGGCGGCGGAGGCGGCUGCCGUGCGGGCGAGUUGGGAGAAGCCCCCCGAGGGUGGCGCCGAGCCGCUGGAGCAGCGCCCGGCCGAGCCACUCGGGCAGCGCUCGGCUGCACCCCCGGAGCAGGCGACGGAGGCAAGCCGGGAGGAGCCGGCAGAGCCGGCAGAGCCGCCGGCCUCAGCCCAGAAGCAGCAGUCGUCGGCGGGCAAGACCCGCCUGCGCUUCCAGUUUCUGGAACAGAAGUACGGGUACUACCACUGCAAGGCCUGCAACAUCCGCUGGGAGAGCGCCUACGUCUGGUGCGUCCAGGGCACCAACAAGGUCUAUUUCCGUCAGUUCUGCCGGACCUGCCAGAAGUCCUACAACCCGUACCGCGUGGAGGACAUCACCUGCCAGAGCUGCAAGCAGACGCGGUGCACCUGCCCCGUGAAGAUGCGCCACGUGGAUCCCAAGAGGCCCCACCGCCAGGACCUCUGUGGGAGAUGCAAAGGGAAACGCCUCUCCUGCGAUAGCACGUUCAGUUUCAAAUACAUCAUCUGAAUGGGAUGGGAUUUUUUUUUUUCUUUUUGU